CCGUUAUUGUGCGCGGAGCCAACGCAACCGUCAGAUCAUUUUGCGGGAAUAACGGCACAAAAAAAAACAUCCAGCCGAAAUGUCGAAGGUGGAAGGAGGGAUGAAAUGUGUCAAAUAUCUUUUGUUCGUGUUCAACUUCAUCUUCUGGUUGAUGGGAUCCUUUGUUCUGGCGGUGGGACUGUGGCUGCGCUUUGAUCCAGAAACUGUGUCUCUUCUCAAUGGGGACAAGGCUCCAGACACUUUCUUCAUUGGUGUCUAUAUCCUGAUAAGUGCUGGCAGUAUGGUGAUGUUGGUCGGCUUCUUUGGCUGUUGUGGAGCUGUUCGGGAAUCUCAAUGCCUGCUAGGUUCAUUCUUUGCCUGUCUGUUGAUCAUCUUUGGUGCGGAGGUGGCAGCAGGGGUGUUUGGAUUCUUAAACAAAGACAAGAUUAUCAAAGAUGUUCAGACCUUCUACACAACAACCUACAAUGAAAACAACAACAGCACAUUAAUCAUCUCGUACCAGAAAGUACUGAACUGUUGUGGGACCACAGAACGCCCCUGCCCUGAUCCCCCAACAGAUGCUAAGGACUGUAAGACAAGCAUCAAAGAGUUCUUCAACAGUAAACUCUACAUCAUUGGAUACGUGGGCAUCGGCAUCGCUGGAGUCAUGAUCAUUGGGAUGAUCUUCAGUAUGGUGCUCUGUUGUGCCAUUCGCAACACCAGGGAGGUCAUCUAAGCUGGACCCUUGACCUCUACCUCUUCUGUACCCAGC